AUGGAAAAGGCCAACGCGAUUUUGCGGUUCCACAGGCUUCAAAAAAUCACGACUCUGUUCCGAUUCGUUGAGAUGUUUGUUUUUCUUAUUUUGAUUUCUAGGUUUUCCUCUCAACUGCCGUUCGCCGUUAGAAUCUCCGCUGAUCAUUUCAGAGGAAUCUCCUUCGCGGUUUUUAGCCCUAGGUUUGUUUUUGUGAUCGGAAACGUGAUCGUCUUAAUUCUGUUAUUCAAAUCUCGAGUUGUUGAAAACGGAGAUGGCGACGGAAAAGUUGAUUUUUACGACGAGUACGUUCGAAGAUGUGAGAAAAGCGUAGUAAAUACUAGUAGCAUUUCCACUACUGCCAUUAUUCCGAGUAAAGAAAAGAAGAUUUGCAGGAGUCAAUCGGAGAAUCUAAUGAUUGUGGAACGCAGAGAUGAUCAAACUCACCGGAAACUACAGCGAUCGGUGACUGAGAGAAAAAUGUCAAAGAAACUUGAUCGUGGUGGUGGUGAGACGGCGGCUCAGGAGAAGAGUUGCGCCGUUGAGGAUGAACUGAGCAGCGAAGAAUUCCGGCGAACGGUGGAGGCAUUUAUUACAAGGCAACAACAAUCUCUAAGAGAUGAAGAGUUGUCUCCGGUAGCAUACAUCGGUGCAUAA